AUGUCUUCGUCAAUCACCACUCCACUUCGUCGGGCUUUAGGCCCUUUAGAUGUUAACUCGGCCAUCACCCCCACUACAUCUCUUAACAUGGCCAAGAGCACCUAUACCAGCUUGUCUACGAAGCCGGCCAGACAGACGGAAGAAGUAUCGACAUUGAAGGGCGUAUCUCCAUUAGAAACCCAAUCGACAAUUCCUACACAAACUCCGUGGGGCGGAAAGAGGGCUCACGACUUACUUGAAAGUACGCGAGAUAUGUCUCAAGAAGCAAAGAAGCAUAAGGGAUCACAUGGUGGAGCAUUGCGCUAUGAGAAUGACGAUCAGCUCGAGAGACUGGACACGUAUCAGCAAUAUGAUGGAAGACUUAGUAGAGAUGUUUUUGAUGGAAACAUUCGAGACGAUCAAGAUGUUAUUAGUCGCUCUCCAUCGGCCGCUGCCUCACCAAUAUCAUUAUAUGGCUCCAGUCAAGGAGAAUUUGAUAAUACCCAGCAAACAAACUUCACUGAACCGGAUCAUUCGCCUACCACUGGUGCCGCCGUCUUGACGGUACCAAAUAAUUCUUCGAGAAGAACGCCGACGAAAGAAGAAGCGCGUGAGAAGAUCCAAAAAAUGAGACUCCGCUUACAACUCGCCGCGUACAAAGUACAAACAAAUCAAAUAGACGUCCCCAUGUCUCGACUCGAGGUCAGAUCAACACCUUCAUCCCCUCACGCCAAUCGACCAAUGCAAGUCCCUCAACCUAUAACAUCUAUCACCACAGCUCCACGACAGCUCCAGACGUCAAGACCCAUCUCAGAAGCCCAACCAUCAGUCCCCUCCUCAUCACCACCAGAAUACGAAACAGAUCCUCAAACCAUCCACUCACCCCGCAAAGAAAACACUAUCCCCAGAGAAGGAUAUAAUACCCCGGUUCUCCCUCGCCAACGACAGAGUAUGCUUAAUCCACCUAAUCUGGGUAGUCCGAGUGCGGAGUUUGAUCUGACGAGUAGUGCUGUUAAGGGGAAUGCUGCGAGAGAUUUGUUGAUGUUGAGAGAAGUGUCUUGA